CCAGCCUUUUGGGGGACUGAGUGAGAGGUGUGUUGAGGGAGGAGCUCAGCCAAAGCUGGGGGUCGGCACUGGAAGAGGGUGUUCUCUGUUCAUUCUGACUUGGCACCUCAUUCUGCACGGAACUUUUUGGAAGUUGGAGGGAAGAGGACACGCAGAGGGAGGUGUUGCCCUCAGCAAGGACGCUGGCAUGCCCUGGACUCAACGGGAACAGGGGAGGUGUUCCCAGAAGCACCAGCUCCUGGACAGCUCAGAACUCUGACUUGGAUCCUGACCAAAGAGUGCCCAACCGCUAAAUAGGCUGAGGGCCCAUUUCUCUGAGGCCCGCAUCCCUCCCUCGGGGUGCGCCCUGCCCCUCCCUGAGUCACCCCAGGGAGAGAGGGGGAAAAAAGGGAAGAGAAAAGCUGCAUUGACUACAGAGGAAGGAAAAGGAAACAGAGGAGGGAGGAGAGAGGCCAGGCAGGAGUGGGUGACAGAGAAGCCCGAGAGGGCAGAUCUAGGGCAAAUCUAGGGCAGGGGGAGGUCGAGGAAGGGCAGACCAAGCUUCCCAAGGUGCCCCAAGAGCAGGGCCCGGGGGCGGGGAACCCAGGGGGCGGACCGGCCAUGUCCCACGGGACCUACUACGAGUGUGAGCCCCGGGCUGGCCAACAGCCACUCGAAUUCUCAGGGGCCCGAGCGGGACCUGGGGAGCUGGGGGACAUGUGUGAGCAUGAGGCCUCCAUCGACCUCUCUGCCUACAUCGAGUCUGGGGAGGAGCAGCUUCUCUCCGACCUCUUCGCUGUGAAGCCAUCACCGGAGGCACGAGGCCUCAAGGGCCCCGGAACCCCUUCUUUCCCCCACUACCUGCCACCUGACCCUCGGCCCUUCGCCUACCCCCCACAUACCUUCGGCCCCGACAGGAAGGCGCUGGGACCCGGCAUCUACAGCAGCCCGGGGAGCUACGACCCCAGGGCCGUGGCUGUGAAGGAGGAGCCUCGGGGCCCCGAGGGCAGCCGCGGGGCCAGCCGCAGCGGCUACAAUCCUCUGCAGUACCAAGUGGCACACUGUGGGCAGACGGCCAUGCACCUGCCCCCGGCUCUGGCAGCGCCCAGCCAGCCCCUGCGUGUCCUCAAGGCCCCUAUGGCUGCUGCCGCGGCCCCCUGCAGCCCCCUCCUAAAGGCUCCCUCUCCAGCUGGCCCCUCGCACAAGGGCAAGAAGGCGGUCAACAAAGACAGCCUGGAGUACCGGCUGCGGCGGGAGCGGAACAACAUUGCCGUGCGCAAGAGUCGGGACAAGGCCAAGAGGCGCAUCCUGGAGACGCAGCAGAAGGUACUGGAGUACAUGGCGGAGAACGAGCGCCUCCGCAGCCGCGUGGAGCAGCUGACCCAGGAGCUGGACACCCUUCGGAACCUCUUCCGCCAGAUCCCCGAGGCCGCCAACCUCAUCAAGGGUGUGGGGGGUUGCAGCUGAGUCCAGCUGGCAGACUGUGGGCACCUUACCCACCCCCCUGGCCUGCCCCUGGGGACCUCUGCUCUGCUGGGGUUCUAGAGCCCCUCACAGGCCAAGCCUAAGACAUACAUCCUGGACAAAUGGCAGCAGGUGGCAAGGGAGGAGGGCGGGGCUCAGCAUUAUGAUUCUGAAGCUGAAUAAAAUUGCACUAUGACUUGGUA